AUGUCACUUCCAGCAGUUGAGAAUAACCUAAAGGCUCAUCUUCAUGAACACUAUGUAGAUUCAGAUUGGAGACUGGCUCUUAAAGUCAUCAUGGAUGCCAAAGAUGACACAGAUAUGGCUUUGAAUGCUGUAAAUGUACUCGCAGAAGCUGCGUCCCAUCACACUGGCCUCAAAAUUCACAUUCCCAUGUGUUCACAGCAAGCAGCUGACCAACUUUCCUUCACUGAAGCUGACCUUAUGCAAUCUGUCAACAAUCUUAAGGCACACAAUCAUAUUUUUGGUCGAUUACUGACUCUUGAUGAACUCCUGGACCCUGCUGAGGAAAGGGAUAUGGGGGAAUUUCCCACAUUUGAGGGUGGUGAUAAAGUGAUUGCAGAUGAGUUCUGUCAUGAAGUUACCAUCACAAGUGGUGAAGUCAUCAAGAUUGAUUCUGACAAUGAUUCUGACAAUGAUGAUGAUUCAGCAGCUGCAUCAAUCACAUGGACAGAUCUUCUCCGUUUGUGCCAGCAACUCAAGGUUGGAUGCAUGCAAUAUGGUGAUCCACAGUUUUCACUCAACUUAUCAUCGGAUCCUUAUUGGCUCAAAAAACUGUCCGCAUGUUUUUGA